AUGCGCUUGUUAGACGCCAAAACGCUAGAGUUGGUCGACAUCCUCGACGACGAUGUCCCUCCUUACGCCAUCAUCUCCCAUACUUGGGGCGACGAGGAGGUCACAAUUCAACAGCUGCGGCGAUUGGGAGGAUAUUUGCAUCUCGCGUCCUCGUCUCCCAAACCGUUGGAUAAAAAGAGGAGAGCUAUUCUCUCAAAAAGGGGCUACGUCAAAAUCGCUGGUGCCGCUCGACUGGCUGUCAGUCGAGGACUCGACUACCUCUGGUUCGACAGUUGCUGUAUCGACAAGUCCAGCAGUUCUGAACUGUCCGAGGCCAUCAACUCCAUGUAUUUGUGGUACGAGCAAUCUGCCGAGUGCUAUGCGUACCUUUCCGACGUCGAGCCGCCGACGACCCAAGAUGCCGGCGCAUUCGACGAGAGUCUCCGUAACAGUCGGUGGUUCACGAGGGGAUGGACGCUCCAGGAGCUUGUUGCGCCAAAGCUCGUUCUCUUCUACGCCAAUGAUUGGAGCUUCCUUGGCCAAAAACACUCUCCCCCGGAAUUCGCAAAGGCCAUCAGCGAAAUCACUAACAUUGAUGAGGAAGUGCUGGACGGCACCAUCGACCCCCUUCAGCUGAGUGUGUCUGCUCGCAUGGCCUGGGCGUCUCAUAGAAACACUACCAGGCUCGAAGAUACGGCAUACUGCUUGAUGGGAUUAUUCCAAGUCAACAUGCCACUUCUGUACGGUGAAGGAAAGCGUGCUUUUACUAGACUUCAAGAGGAAAUCAUCCAACGUACCGACGACCAGUCCAUAUUUGCAUGGAACUCAUUUGAUGAUGCAGAAGAAGACCCAGAUGCUCUUUUUGGCUUACUCGCACAGUCUCCAGCUCAAUUCAAAGAUGCCGGCGACUUGCAAGUCCUGCCCCCCUUACCAGUCUAUGCAAGUGCUCCAUCCGCCAUGACGAACCAGGGCCUUCGCGUCCAGCUCUAUCUCUUGCCACGUACAUUCACAGACGAAACCGUCAUGGAAGAAGACUACUUUGCUAUUCUCGACUGUGUUAAGCGCGACCGAGACGUCCAUCUGUGUCCCGCACUUCAUCUGCGGCGGCUCUCCGAGGAUCAGUUUGGAAGGCUGCAGCCCAAAACGAAGCAUUUCAAGCGGCCCGUGUCCUCUUCAAACCGGCGAGAAGAGGGAUACCGCUCGGUAUACAUAAGGCAGCAGCCGGUAUACUAUCACCUUCCGCAGUUCAGACUCUCGCCUCUCAAUGUCGAGUCAGGACUUGGUUCUUCUGAUGGCGUUCAAUAUCGGCUAUUCGACAAGUAUCCCGCGCACAACUGGAAUUCUGCCACCAUGACACUCAGCGUCCAAUACUCUCGCAAAUUAAAAGCCAUGGGGGUGUUUAGGUUCCAGAGUAUCGACAAGUCUUCCGAGAAAGUGGACGUGGUCGUGGGUUUGCGGCGAUUGAACACAAUGGAAUGGGAGGGAUGGUGCUUCCAAUUGGCAUAUCGCGACAAGUCUCUCGAGCAUGUUUUCCAAGAGAUCAACAAAAAGAUUGAAAAAAUCACUCACAAGUCCAACAAUAACGAUAUUACCUCGGCAACUCUCCGUAAUUCCCUUGGAGAGGACUCGACGUUGGCGAGCAGCGCAUCGGUCGAGGGCGUACAGCUUCAAGGACGACUCUACAUCUCCAUCUUAGUGACCCUGACAGCUGAGCUACUAGCUGAGAGUACGACAUUCCAGAUCUCCACGAAUCCUAUGAAGUUAUCGACAUGCAAUCAGAUACUAAAGUCCACAUCUCCUAAUUCGGGGGCGAGAGCAAUGACUGAAGUAUUCUGCUGGUCUUCUAGCUCUCAGUUUGGACUAGACCCCUCGUCUCCUUUGACGUGGAUGGUGCAGCCUGUUCGAGCGACGUCUUUGCUAGGAGACGGUGCUUUUAUGAAGCCACUCUACGACUUCAUGUCACAACUUCAACAGAGAAAAGCAGAAAGCGGCUCAAAUACACUGAGCGCCAUCGAACAGCUAGCUGAAGCUUUGUUUAUUGGAGAUGCAGAUCGGGCUUCGAUGCUCAUUGAUACAAAGGCCCCCAAUAUUAGUUCAAGAACCACUGAUGCAUAUGGGUUUGCACCACUGCAUUGGGCUGUUGCAGGCGGCUCUAUUGGCUGCAUCAUGCUGCUCCAAAAGCAUGGGGCCAAACGCAAGAUGGUGACAGAGAGCGGCCUGUCGCCUAUUCACGUUGCCGCACUCUGUAAUAAUGCGGUUUGGAGUGCUCUGGCUCAUCUCAAUGAUGAAGGAGAGGUCACAUGGCUUGCGGACGAGAGGACAAGGCACUUUUCCGAGACACCGCUGCAUCUUGCUGCAGCAUCCACCCCUGACACGGAGCUUGGUGAGCAAUUUUUUAAAGAGCUGCUGGACUGGAGCUGGCAACACACUGGAUCGGCGCCUCGAAAUGCUUUUGACGAAACCCCGCUACAUCGAGCCGCUGCUGGGAACAACGUGAAUGCGAUUGAGGCUCUAGUCGCUCGCAGUCUUUAUGUUUUCAACAUAGAAACUGGGGAUCAGUACGGCCGGACUCCCCUCUGGCAUGCCGCUGCUGCAGGCGCCUGUCGCGCUAUAGAGUCUCUAAUACGCCUGGGAGCAUCUGUCAACCUGACAGAUGAUUUGGGGAGGAGCCCUUUGCACGCAGCCUGUAGAGGAGGACACGAAGAUGCCGUCAAGUUGCUUCGCCAACACGGUGCAAUCCAACACGGUGCAAGAGCGGACAUGGAGACGAACUUUCUAAGCUUACUGCCAAUGGAUCUUGCGGUCAUGUUCGGAUAUGUUGACUGCUUGAAGGUCUUCCUCGAUCCCUUGUGGCGAAUUGUUUCUCAGGCCGGCUUGGAUAAGGCUGUCCAAAUAGCGGCCUCGUUCGGGCAGCAGGCAUGCGUGGAGCGUCUUUGCCAAUAUGGUGCUAACCCAUAUGUGGUUUUUGAGUACUACUUACGACCCCACGAUGGGCAUGCUGUUGUGGUCGAGAAGGAAGCCGAUGCAUAUACCGCCGCACGUUUGGAGCAGCAGUGGCAUAUCGUCAGCUAUUUUAAUACGUCCGAAGCGCUAAGAUAUCUGCGAGAGCGUGUAAAUCAUCCUGUAAACAGACAAAUCGGCAUGGGGAAUCCAAUGCCGUCUUUCUCUGCUCCUGCCAAUGCGUCUCCACCCAAGGAAGAGCCGGAGCCAGCUUAUAUACCGUAUCCCAGACAGCAGUACGCAGGCAUUCAUGAUGCAGAGCUCUAUUCUGUGCUCUAUGAUGACGAACAAGCUUACGGAAACGCCCCUGCCUCUAACACAAUGUCUCAUGCCAGCAACAAUACCUAUUAUCGCACUGCACCCAAUACAAACACGCCCUUGUACGGCAGCCAGCCGAUUUCUGCUUCAUCUUACGCACGUCAGCAAAGACCACAGACAUAUGAAAGUCUCGGUCGACACCAAUCCGCCAAUUUACCAGCCCGGGCGAGCCCUUAUUCUUCCGCGCCAAUAUCCCAGUCCGAGCGACUGCAAGAACUGGUAAAUCCGCAAGAUGGCUACAGAUACCAAGGCGCUCCAAGCCAAGAACGCCUGAUUAACAUUACAUACGCCCCAUCGCCGGCAGCGGAGAUUCGGCCUCUUACCCAGGGUUAUAAUAACUUUGGAAGGAAUGCAUCAGCUCCAACACCGCGGUUUUCACGCGAUGUGACGCCACAAAGCAUUGGAGUAACGACGAGAGCGAUAGACAUACCCAGGAAAUGA